GGACCAGCCCGAUCGCCCCGCCCCGUCCCGCGCGCAGGCGGGGUCUGGUCCCGCUCAGCCUGGUGGCGGGAAAGGCAGCGGCCCAGGACCUGGGAGCCGCUGUCUCCGCGGGGAUCCUGAAGCCCGGCGGGGAGCGAGCCUCAUCAUUUCUGUCUCCCUUGCUCUACCUGCCUUACCUGUCAGCUGGCCCACUGAUGUAUAGAUUUUGUACACGAUGAACUGUGAACUCCUAGCCACGUGUAGUGCCCUUGGGUACUUGGAGGGGGACACAUACCACAAGGAGCCGGAUUGCUUGGGGUUCCGUGUAAGUGUUUAUCCUGUCCCCGAAGAGAGUGUGAAGGAUUUGAUCCGCUACUUGAAGCACGAGGACGAGACGCGAGAUGUGCGGCAGCAGCUGGGGGCCGCGCAGAUCCUGCAGAGCGACCUUCUGCCCAUCCUUACCCAGCACCGCCAGGACAAGCCUCUCUUUGAUGCCGUUAUCAGGCUGACGGUGAACUUGACGCAGCCAGCCCUGCUCUGUUUUGGCAGUGUGCCCAAGGAGCCCAGCUUCCGGCACCACUUUCUGCAGGUGCUCGCGUACCUGCAGGCCUACAAAGAGGCCUUUGCCAGUGAGAAGGCUUUUGGAGUCCUCAGUGAAACCUUGUAUGAGCUGCUGCAGCUGGGCUGGGAGGAACGGCAGGAGGAGGACAACUUGCUGAUUGAGCGGAUCCUGCUGCUGGUCAGAAAUAUUCUCCAUGUCCCAGCUGACCUCGAUCAGGAGAAGAGGAUCGAUGAUGAUGCCAGUGUCCACGAUCGGCUUCUCUGGGCAGUCCACCUCAGUGGCCUGGACGACCUGCUCCUCUUCCUGGCCAGCUCACCUGCGGAGCAGCAGUGGAGCCUACAUGUGCUGGAGGUCAUCUCCCUUAUGUUCCGUGAUCAGCACCCUGAGCAGCUGGCAGGGGUAGGGCAGGGACGCUUAGCUCAGGAGCGGAGCACAGAUGUGGCAGAACUGGAGGUGCUGCGCCAGCGUGAAAUGGCAGAGAAGAGGACUCGGGCCCUUCAGCGAGGCAACAGGCAUUCUCGAUUUGGGGGCUCCUACAUUGUCCAGGGCUUGAAGUCCAUUGGGGAGAGGGACCUCAUCUUUCACAAAGGUCUCCACAAUCUCCAAAACUAUAGUUCUGAUCUGGGAAAGCAGCCCCGACGGGUGCCCAAACGUCGCCAGGCUGCCCGGGAGCUGUCUGUCCAGCGCCGCUCUGCCCUCAACGUGAGACUCUUCCUCAAAGACUUCUGCUCUGAGUUCCUGGAGAACUGUUAUAACCGGCUCAUGGGCUCAGUGAAGGACCACCUGCUUCGGGAAAAGGCCCAGCAGCACGACGAGACCUACUACAUGUGGGCCUUGGCCUUCUUCAUGGCCUUCAACCGAGCUGCCUCCUUCCGGCCAGGUCUGGUUUCUGAGACCCUCAGUGUCCGCACCUUCCACUUCAUUGAGCAGAACCUCACCAACUACUAUGAGAUGAUGCUGACCGACCGCAAGGAAGCUGCCUCCUGGGCGCGCCGGAUGCACCUGGCUCUGAAGGCCUAUCAGGAGCUGCUGGCCACAGUGAAUGAGAUGGACGUGUCCCCAGACGAGGCUGUGAGGGAGAGCAGCCGCAUCCUCAAGAACAACAUUUUCUAUGUGAUGGAGUACCGAGAACUCUUCCUGGCACUCUUUCGAAAGUUUGAUGAGAGAUACCAGCCCCGCUCUUUCCUUUGUGACCUGGUGGAAACCACCCACCUCUUCCUCAAGAUGCUGGAGCGGUUCUGUCGGAGCCGUGGGAACCUGAUGGUGCAGAACAAGAGAAAGAAGAGAAAGAAGAAAAAGAAAGUCCCAGACCAGUCCGUUGCUUCUGGUACGGUCCCCUGCAGCCCAGGGGAGCUGGAGGCUGUGUGGCCGUCCCUGGCCGAGCAGCUACAGUGCUGUGCCCAGGAUCCUGAGCUCAGUUUGGACUCUAUGGUUCCCUUUGAUGCGGCCUCAGAGGUGCCAGUGGAAGAGCAGCGGGCAGAAGCCAUGGUGCGGAUCCAAGACUGUCUCCUGGCUGGCCAGGCCCCCCAGGCCCUGGGCCUCCUUAGGUCUGCCCGGGAGGUGUGGCCAGAAGAAGAUGUGUUUGGUUCUCAAGACAUUUCCCCAGAGGAGGAGAUCCAACUGCUGAAACAGAUCUUCUGGGCCCAGCUUCCCCGGCAGCAGGGCCUGGAGGAACGAGGGGUGGAGGAAGAAGAGGAGGAGGAGGAGGAGGACGAGGAAGAGUUGCAAGUGGUCCAGGUGUCAGAGAAAGAAUUUAAUUUUCUGGACUACCUGAAACGCUUUGCGAACUCAACUGUCGUCCGAGCCUACGUGCUGCUGCUGCGCAGCUACCAGCAGAACAGCGCCCACACCAACCACUGUGUCGUCAAGAUGCUGCACCGGCUAGCCCAUGAUCUCAAAAUGGAAGCCCUGCUUUUCCAGCUUUCCCUCUUCUGCCUCUUCAAUCGUUUGCUUAACGACCCUGCUGCCGGGGCCUACAAAGAGCUAGUGACUUUCGCCAAAUACAUCCUGGGCAAGUUCUUUGCAUUGGCUGCCGUCAACCAGAAAGCCUUCGUGGAGCUGCUGUUCUGGAAGAACACGGCUGUGGUUCGAGAGAUGACUGAGGGCUAUGGCUCCUUGGAUGGCGGAUCCUCCAGUCGCAGACCCCCUGUGUGGAGCCCAGAGGAGGAGGCCCAGCUUCAGGAACUGUACCUUGCCCAUAAGGAUGUGGAAGGACAGGAUGUGGUGGACACCAUCUUGGCACACCUGAAAACCGCUCCUCGGACACGCAAGCAGGUCAUCCACCAUCUGGUACGGCUGGGCCUGGCUGACAGCAUCAAGGACUUCCAAAGGAAAGGUACCCAGAUUGUGCUGUGGACGGAAGAUCAGGAGCUGGAGCUGCAGCGGCUCUUUGAGGAGUUCCAGGACUCUGAUGACGUCCUGGGUAAUAUCAUGAGGAACAUCACAGCCAAACGCUCACGGGCUCGAAUCGUGGAUAAACUGCUGGCUCUGGGGCUGGUGGCUGAGCGGCGGGAGCUGUACAAGAAACGCCGGAAGAAGUUGGCGCCCUCAAACUUGCCUAAUGAAGAGGAGUCCCUGAACAAUUUUUGCCAGGAAGAUCUAGAAGAAGAGGAGAACCUGCCAGAGGAAGAGAGUGAAGAGGAUGAAGAGAGAUGGAGGAGCUCAGAAGCAGAACAAGCUCAUGGUACCUCCAGCCUUUCAACUCAAAACCUCGGGCAAAGCCUGCAUCUGGAAGGCUUUUCUGCUCCCCUCCUGUGGCUCCAGAAUUGCCUGAUUCGAGCAGCAGAUGAUCGGGAGGAGGUUGGCUGCUCCCAGGCAAUUCCACUGGUGCCACUGACGGCAGAAAAUGAGGAAGCAAUGGAAAAUGAACAGUUUCAGCAGCUGCUGCGAAAGCUAGGGGUUCGGCCUCCUGCCUCUGGGCAGGAAACCUUCUGGCGAAUUCCAGCCAAGCUGAGUCCCACCCAGCUCCGGAGGGUGGCAGCUUCUUUGAGACAGCCAGAGGAGGAGGAAACGCUUCAGCCUGGACUAGAACCCAAGGUCCCUGGAGAGCAAGGCCCGGAGGAGGAGCACCAACAGGAGCACCGAGCACAAGCUCUGCGGGCCCUCCUGUUAGCCCGGAAAAAGAAAGCAGGCCUGGUGUCCCCGGAGGAGGAAGGGACUGAUGAAGGGAAAGAGCAGCUGAAAGUGGCACCCAGGAAGAGACAACUGCUGGACAGUGAUGAGGAAGAUGAGGACAGGAGCCCAGCACCAGAGUCGGGAGCUCCAGGAAUCAAAAAGAAGAAGCAGUUUCAAAUUGAGGAUGAAGAUGAGAGCGACUGAGGAGCCAGGAGUCUGGGGGAAGAGAUAGAUCUGUUUUUGGGUGGUGAAUUUAAAUCUGAGUUUGGAGGGCGGUACAGGAUCCAGAAAUUCCUCUUCCUGGACAGGAACAGUGGAGUCCUGGGCUUGCCUAUCGAUUUACAGUCCAAGAAGUUCAGGCAACAGUGUUGGCUUCCUGUAUAGUCACUUCUUCUGUCUCCCCGUUUUAUCAGUGGGCCUCAGUAGCUCUCUGGAGACUUACUCCUCUUCUCAUUUCUUUGAGUUGAUAGCACCCCUUAGCAAAUGAGAGGAGGGAGUGAAAUAUAGAGGGCAUCUUGGACCCCUCUUACCAGUCUGUUCCUUUUGGCUUUCAGCUGGAGGGGGCUCACAGCACCAAAUGGGGAGUUCUGUGACAUGAUGGGUGAGGUGUAGGACCAUCUUUGAAGGGCACCAGAUGCUCCCAUCCUCAUUUUCUUUCCUGUGAUCACCCUCUACAGACACCAGAUUGAGCCCAGUUCCUGCAUUUGAAGUAGGGUUGGGAUGCAGUACUCUCCAGAUGAUGAGUGUGUUUGGUUUAUAUUUGGUAUUGAUUUAAACAUGUAAAAUUAAAAGUUGCCCAUGUUGAUCCGA